UUCGGUCUCCUAACAUCGCCUACCUUGGUGGUUGAAACACUGCCGGUGGCGACCUUCUAUCUCUGUUUCCAUCGUCAGUUUCUGGAUUUCGAAAAGAAAUGCCGGCUAGCUAUUGUGCACAGCCUGUGUUUGUUAGAGCACGCCAACGAUCGUCAUCAAAAACCUCAAAGCCAUGCCAAGAUAUUUGGCAUUUGGAAGUGCUAGGACAGUUGCACAUUCCCUUCACCCUAGGGGGAAGACUAACAUCUCAGAGGUAAACAAUAAUGGGUUGUAUUACAUAGCCGGUUUCCCUUACACCCUAUGGAGAUUAUACAACUGGAAUAAGCAUUCAUUUCGAAGGGAUUAUCCGUCUCCAUUGCCUCAAACGAGGCACUGCUUAUUGAACUCUUGUGUAUCUAGAAGCUUCUGUGCCCAUUCAGCAAGCAGUGCCAUUUCUUACCAUGGUCAAGUUGUUUGGAAAAGGUUUUCUCAAAUUUGUUUUUACAAUAGACCAACUUUACCCCCAAUAAAUAGAAUAGCCUGUGCAGUGAGCAUAGCUUUGACACGAUCAAAUCUGUUGGUUCCUCGUGUUAUUGCCUUCAUCAUUGGAGAGCUUGCUUGGACUCGACGAACAUGGGCAGAAGGACAAAGUUUAAGGAAAAGAGAUGCUAUGUACACACAAACACAAGAUGGCCAUAUUUAUUUGAAUGCAGUAGUGCUAUCACUUUUUGAAAGCAUAAUUUUGCUACUCAGAGCUGUUUACUUGGCAAUUUUGUUCUUGCCCUGCAUAGCUAUGGCUCCUUUUGCAGGUCCUCUCAGCGUUAAGUUUAGGAACACAUGGCUCUAUGUUGUUCGUCUUACGCUUGAAAAAGCAGGACCAGCAUUUAUUAAAUGGGGUCAAUGGGCUGCAACAAGACCAGAUCUUUUUCCCCAAGAUCUAUGUAGAGAACUUGCAACACUUCAUGCUAAAGCACCUGCACAUAGUUUUGCCUUCACCAGAAUGACUAUUGAGAGGGCCUUUGGACGUAAGCUGCCUGAAAUCUUUUCUAACUUUGAAGAGGAACCUAUAGCAUCUGGCAGUGGCCAAGUUCAUCGAGCUACUUUAAAAUAUAGAUAUCCUGGUCAGGAGAUUGAACCCAUUGUAGUGGCUGUAAAGGUUCGCCAUCCAAGUGUUGCUGAUGCAAUUAGAAGGGAUUUUGUAUUAUUAAAUUUUUUAGCCAAAAUUUUAAAGUUUGUUCCCACAUUAAAAUGGUCUAGAUUGGAAGAAAGCAUACAACAGUUUGCUGUCUUCAUGAUGUCUCAAGUUGAUCUUGCAAGAGAAGCAGCCCAUUUGAGCCGUUUCAUCUAUAAUUUCCGGAGAUGGAAGGAUGUCUCAUUCCCAAGGCCUCUGUAUCCCCUAGUGCACCCAGAUGUGCUUGUUGAAACUUAUGAACAAGGUGAAAGUGUGCUGCACUACGUUGAUGAUGUUGAAGGAAACAAAAGAAUUAAAAGUGCCCUUGCUCACAUUGGAACACAAGCUCUUUUAAAGAUGCUUUUGGUUGAUAAUUUCAUCCAUGCAGACAUGCAUCCUGGAAAUAUUCUUGUUCGAUUGAUGGAUCAUGAUCCGCAUAAGCAGCUCUUUGGAUCAAGACCUCAUGUUGUCUUCCUUGAUGUCGGAAUGACUGCUGAACUUUCAAAGAGAGAUCGACUGAAUACACUGGAAUUCUUCAAGGCCAUUGCUGUUCUUGAUGGUCGAACUGCUGCAGAGUGCAUACUUAGAUUAUCUAAACAGCAGAACUGCCCAGAUCCUAGGGCUUUCAUCGAGGAAGUUGAGAAGUGUUACAAUUUAUGGAGGUCCCCAGAUGAGAGUGGUGUUCGACCUGCUGACUGCUUGCAGCAACUACUAGAACAUGUAAGACGCCAUAAAGUCAAUAUUGAUGGCAAUGUUUGCAUUGUGAUGGUGACUACUUUGGUUCUUGAGGGAUGGCAGCGGAAACUGGAUCCAGAUUAUGAUGUGAUGCACACUUUGCAGUCAUUGCUAUUUAAAGUUGAUUGGGCAGACUCACUCUUAUAUACAUUUGAGGGACUCAUGGCUCCAUGAAAAGCUGCUGGUCCGUUUAUAUAGUACGUGGGAUUAAUGAUGGAAAUGAUGAACUAUUUUUGUUAUUCUGAGGUGUUUGAUACUUCAGAUGAGCACUUUCACUACAAGCUGAAAGGUAAGCUAUUGAAGUUCAAUUUAUUUGAUUUAUAGUUAAACUUGAGAAUAGUCAUUCAUUUUGAUGAAAGGAGAAUUAUAUCCUUCAAUUUGGUCACUUACAGAACAGAACAGAACAGAACAGAACAGAACUAUAGACCAGCGUUUUAAAUGUUUGUCAUUCAUUCUGUAUAAUUUGCAGAAACGUAUAGGUCACAGAUAGCCAGUUAUCAUUGUUUUACAUGGAUUAUGAACGAGAUUGGUAACUGCUCUGAAUUGAGAACUUCGACGAACUUUGUUGUCAUAUAUGAAUAAAUAACAUUUGCUAUUUA